AUCUGUAAUGGAGGAAUCACAGGUGUAAUCCAACCAAGUAUUGCUAUACACAAAAAUCAAGUCGUCUAAUUCCUAGUAAAGAAGAGUCGGUAAGAAAUGUGGAUGUUAUUGUUUCUAAAAUCCUUUCGUGCAAGACCAUGUUAACAACUUUCAUAAGUCAGCUGUGUUGCUUACCAAAAUUAUUCGGCUAUGAUUAAGACGGUGGUUCAUCGGCCUUAAAUGGUUAGCUCAUCUGCCCCAACCACAAACCAUACGCCAUUGAUUACUCACAUUUACAACUUCGGAUAUAACACGCAGUGGACCUCACUGGCCUAUCUAUACCUCCCUAAACUGCUCAACUAGGCAUUUAAGACUCGGGGUUCACGGCACAUUUAUCAUUUUAUAAGCAAAUCCUCAGACUCUGUCUUCGUUGAUCUUGAGAGGGUUCGUUGUUUGCUUUGUUUCUGGUUCUGGGUUUUUCUCAUCUUCGCGAAUGAAGGUGGCGGUAAUUACAAGAAGCGGCAAAGAAUUCUUCAAAGGGGGUCUAGAGCUCAAUGAUUCGGCUACUGUGGCUGAUCUUCAGGAGGCAAUUUAUAAGCGAACCAAGAAAUACCAUCCUUCCAGACAGCGACUAACCAUCCCUCUCCAACCGGGAUCAAAGGAGAAACCUACAGUUCUUCAAUCAAAGAAAUGUCUCAAAGAGUAUAGUGACGGAAACACUGACAAAUUAACUGUUGUGUUCAAGGACCUUGGUACACAGGUUUCCUACCGUACACUUUUCUUCUGGGAAUACUUGGGUCCUUUGGUGAUCUACCCUAUCUUUUACUACUUCCCUGUGUACCAUUUCUUUGGCUAUAGAGGAGAGCGUGUCAUCCACCCAGUUCAGACAUAUGCCUUAUACUACUGGUGCUUCCACUACUUCAAACGUAUCAUGGAAACAUUUUUUGUGCAUCAUUUCAGCCAUGCAACUUCACCACUUUCAAAUGUGUUUCGGAACUGUGCAUAUUACUGGACCUUCGGGGCCUAUAUCGCUUACUAUGCAAAUCAUCCACUUUAUACUCCUGUAAGUGAUCUCCAAAUGAAGGUCGGCUUUGGGUUUGGAGUAGUUUGUCAAGUUGCAAACUUCUAUUGCCAUUUGUUGUUGAGAAAUCUUCGGAGUCCCAAUGGGAGUGGAGGGUACCAAAUCCCACGUGGAUUUUUGUUCAAUGUUGUGACAUGUGCAAAUUACACAACAGAGAUUUAUCAGUGGCUGGGCUUCAAUAUUGCGACACAGACUGUUUCAGGCUAUAUCUUUAUGGUGGUUGCCGCUUCCAUCAUGACCAACUGGGCCCUUGCAAAGCACCGCCGUUUGAAGAGAUUAUUUGAUGGAAAGGAGGGAAGACCCAAGUAUCCUCGACGAUGGGUAAUACUACCCCCAUUCUUGUAGAGGUGACUGGCAAGCCUGGCACUCAUAUCUUGGUAAAGAAGUUCAAAGUUCAAAGUUCUCAUCAAUAUGUGCUAGUAAUGAAUCAAAUCUUCACUCUUGCUCCCUGAUAUUGUAGACUUUCAGUUAAUUAAUGCAUUUGAUACGGUUCCCAUUAUUUGCUUUAGCGAGUAGAUACCCUACUUUGCUUAAUUUGUUUUUCCCUUUUACAAUUUCUAUAAGACUAUUUGAGGAGCGUUGACCUUGUCGUUGUCAGUCGUAUGAUGCCUGUAGACUGAAUGAAUAUCAAACUAGUUUGUUUCUUCGUUUUCUGAAUUCUGAAUGCGUUAAAUCAUGACUACUGGGCAUAUAGCUCUGCCCAAAAUUUUGGACUUCAAUAUUGCAACCUAUUUCUGAUGAAUGAAUAUAAUGGUGUUCAUGGUUAUUGUUAACAAAAGCCUAAUUUGCAGUUUCUACAUGGAAUAUCUAUCAUCGUUUGUUCUUGUCACGAAAAGAUCGCUUGGAUUUAAAAAAAAGUCGCUUGGAUUUAUCCAUGGUUUGUUUAGUUUAUUCCUUAUCCUGAACAUCC